GCCCGUCUGUCUGACUUUAGAACCUGUGUUAUUGCCAGACUCCGACCGCAGACAAAGAGAGGAGGAAGACUCCGAUGGAAAAUCAUGCAGCACUUUGAACCCAUGGAGACAUGGCACAUAGGUUCCUCUCACCUACUAAUAGAUUCAGCGCCAGAUUCGCCUUCAUAUUCACUGUGUCACUGUCCUGCACCUACUUAUGCUACAGUAUUAUUUUCUGUCGCAGCACAAUCAUGACAAACCAGGGUUACGAGGGGAAAAGAUGCCCGCCGACCAAGAACGCGGGAGGGAAGAAACUUCUUGGAAAAUUAGACAAUUGCGCUUCGCUGGAAGUGAGGUCCGCUCUGGAUGAGUCUGCUGCCCAGCGGGGCUCAAGUGAUCUCCGCGACCAAAGUAAAGCCCCUGCUUCGUCUGGAAGUCACUGGGCUGACAUGAAGUUGAGAAAUAUGAGCGUUGCGCAAAAAUAUGGGAAUAAGAAGUUGCCUAAUGCGUUGAUAGUCGGUGUAAAGAAAGGAGGCACCAGGGCGGUGCUGGAGUUCAUCCGGAUACAUCCAGAUGUGCGCGCGCUUGGAACAGAGCCGCACUUUUUCGACAGAAACUAUGACAGAGGACUUGACUGGUACAGGGGACUAAUGCCACGCACACUAGACAGCCAGAUCACAUUAGAGAAGACACCCAGCUACUUUGUCACCAGAGAGGCACCCAGACGCAUCUCCAGCAUGUCCCAUGAGACCAAACUGAUCGUUGUGGUGCGUAACCCAGUCACAAGAGCCAUCUCUGACUACACACAGACUCUUUCAAAGAAGCCAGACAUCCCUACGUUUGAAGAGCUGGCCUUUAAGAACAGAAGCCAGGGUAUCGUGGACACUUCCUGGAACGCCAUACGUAUCGGGAUGUACAUUCUGCACCUGGAGAACUGGCUGCAGUACUUUCGCCUGUCGCAGAUGCACUUUGUGAGCGGGGAGCGGCUGAUCACAGAUCCGGCAGGGGAAAUGGGCCGUGUUCAGGACUUUCUAGGACUGAAACGAAUAAUCACGGACAAGCACUUCUACUUUAAUCGAACCAAAGGCUUCCCCUGUCUGAAGAAGCCAGAGAGCAGCAGCCAGCCACGCUGCCUGGGCAAAUCCAAGGGCAGGACUCACGUACAGAUCGAACAGGAGGUCAUAGAGCAGCUGCAGGAGUUUUAUAGGCCAUUUAAUAUCAAAUUCUUUGAAACUGUGGGGCAAGACUUCAAGUGGGAUUGAGAGUGCCAUACAGAAACAGUGCUGUUUUUUAAAAUGGCUACCUCUGGAGAGAAGUAUAAAUGAGGGUAUCUUCAACAAAGGUUUAUUGAGCUAUGUA